AUGAAUAAUCCACAAUACACGAAUAAUCCAAUAAUCAAUGGCGCUCCAUCUACAAUAUCCUCAUCAGAUAUUAAUCCAGGUUCUGAUGGUGUUGAUUUCAUUGAAGUGAAUCCUUCUGUAACUAUACCAUUUGCACCAGGAACAACACCAAUUAUAGUCACAGUUUCUGUACCAAACACAAAUACAAAUGUUGAUAAAAUAACAGUUACUAUCACUGAACCAACUGGUACAACUAUAGUCAAUCAAGUAUCACCUGGCGAUACAAACAAAGUUGAUACUUUUCCUAUCACACCAUUACCUGAGAAUAGUAGAAUGACAGUAACUUUUGGAACAAAUAAUGGGCAACCUCCAGAAAAUGUAACUCUUUCUGUAAUUGCUUGUUAUACACCAGCAACAGCAACAACAAUCGUAACUAGUGGUACUGUCCCACCAAGUGUAAGUGGAUCUACACCAGCAUUGGCAAUCAGUUCAAGAAGUACUGGCAUCAGUGGAACUACAGACAACGUUCAUACAUUAUCUGCCUCACUAGGUACUUCGAUCCAACCGACCGCUUCCACUAGUGAACGGCCAUCAUCACAAACCAGUAGUCCAGAGCAGACAACUGUGUUUCUGAAGAUCGAAUCAGCAACGCCAGGAACUCAAGGUACAACAACACUAACCGCAGUAGGUUCUACGACAGUAGUUAUUACACCGUCUGCUACAAGUACUGCAGCAACAGCCACAUCAAGAUCAAGCAUCGCACCAGGAAUCUCCCAAACUUCAGCUGCAUUAACUGCCAGUACCAGCACUGGAGAGGUACCAACAACAAUCAGCACACCCAAAACUUCACCAAGCGCAGCCACCCUAACUACAGCCACAGGAAGCACAAUCGCUCCCACUGGCAGCACGGAAACAUCAAUAAGUCGAACUAUCGGCACCGAAAAAACGACUACCGGGUCAGGAAGCACUGUAGGAGCGUCCAUCGGAACCGUUACUACAGAAGCAGCAACAACGCGUAUAGGAACGACCGAAAGAACAUCGAUCGGAACUGUCGGCAUUGAAGCAAGUACCAUAGGCACUGGAAGUACAGAACGAACAUCCACCGGAACAGUGGGUACUGAAGCAACCGCCAUGGGUACUGGAAGCACUGAAAGAAUGUCGAUCGGAACUGUUAGAGCUGAAGAAACAACUCAGUCUACAACAAGCACCGAAAGAACAUCAAUCGGGACAGCGUUCAGCGAGGGAGCAACACCGGGUACUGGUGCCACUGAAGGAACAAUCAGACCUGGUGAAAGUACGGAAAGAGCAACGAUUGGAACAGUCGGCACACAAAGAACAUCAGUCGGAACAGCAGCUACAGAGGUAGCAACAGCCGGUACUGGAGCCACUGCAGGAACAAUCAGAGCUGUUGAAAGUACGGAAAGAGCAACGGUUGGAACAGUAGGCACAGAAAGAACAUCACUCGGAACAGGAGUCAGCGAAGGAGCAACACCUGGUACUGGAGCCACUGCAGGAACAAUCAGACCUGGUGAAAGUACGGAAAGAGCAACGGUUGGAACAGUUGGCACAGAAAGAACAUCACUUGGAACAGGAGUCAGCGAAGGAGCAACACCUGGUACUGGAGCCACUGAAGGAACAAUCAGACCUGGUGAAAGUACGGAAAGAGCAACGGUUGGAACAGUUGGCACAGAAAGAACAUCACUUGGAACAGGAGUCAGCGAAGGAGCAACACCUGGUACUGGAGCCACUGAAGGAACAAUCAGACCUGGUGAAAGUACGGAAAGAGCAACGGUUGGAACAGUUGGCACAGAAAGAACAUCACUUGGAACAGGAGUCAGCGAAGGAGCAACACCUGGUACUGGAGCCACUGAA